AUGAGCCACCAAUUUAGUUCUCAGUCUGCAUUUAGCUCAAGGAGCAGACGGGUUUAUUGUGCUAGCUCUUCUGCAGGCUCUGGUGGUGGGAGUAGGGCUGUGGGAUCUGUGUGUCAGGCCCAAGGGAGGUGUGGUGGUGGUGGCUGGGCCUAUGGGAAGGGGUUUGGUUCUAGAAGCCUGUACAUUGGUGGCAGUAAAAGCAUAUCCAUUAGCCUAAUGGGGAGAGGUGCCAGUGGUUUUUGCCAGAGUGGAGGAGUAAGAGGGGGAUUUGGAAGCAGCAAAAGCUUUGGGGGUGGUAGCUUUGGGAAUGGUGACAUUGGGGGUGGUGGCUAUGGAGUAGGAGGUUUUGGUGGUGCUGAGUUUAGGAGCAACAAUUUUGGAUUUGGGGGCUUCAGCCCUUCUUGUCCUCCGGGGGGCAUCCAAGAGGUGACUAUCAACCAGAACCUCCUACAGCCACUUCAUCUGGAAGUGGACCCUGAAAUUCAGAGGGUUAAGACCCAGGAACGCGAGCAGAUUAUGGUCCUAAACAACAAGUUUGCCUCCUUCAUUGACAAGGUGCGAUUCUCGGAGCAGCAGAACCAAGUGCUGCAAAUGAAGUGGGAGCUGCUGCAGCAGGUGAACACCUCUACUCGGAGCAACAUCUUGGAUGCCGUUUUUGAGAACUACAACAGCCAGCUGCAGAGGCAGGUGGAGUUUCUCAAUGCAGAGAAGAUGCGCCAGAACACAGAGGUCAAGAGCAUGCAGGAUGUCGUGGAGGACUACAGGAACAAGUAUGGGGAAGAAAUCAACCAAAGGACCAAUGCUGAGAAUGAUUUUGUUGUCUUGAAAAAGGGGAGGGAACGAAGAGACAUGAACACUGCUUAUAGGACCAAAAUGGACCUGCAGUCUAAGGUGGACACUCUCUUUGGGGAGGUCAGUUUCCUGAAGGAUUUAUAUGAGAUGGAGCUGUCCCAGAUGCAGACCCACUUCAGCAAAACUGAUGUCAUACUGUCCAUGGACAACAACCGCUCCCUGGACUUGAACAGCAUCAUUGAUGCAGUGCGGACCCAGUAUGAGCUGAUUACACAGAAGAGCAAGGAUGAGGCAGAGGCUCUGUACCAGACCAAGUAUCAGGAGCUCCAGAUCACAGCGGGGAGACAUGGAGAUGACCUGAAGAACAGCAAAAUGGAGAUCGCUGAGCUCAACCACAGCAACCAGAGGCUGCAGGCAGAAAUUUCCAGUAUCAAGAAGCAGAUCGAGCAGAUGCACUCGGUCCUUUCGGAUGCAAGGAGAGAGGAGAGAGGAGAGAGGGCCCUCCAGGAUGCACAGCAGAAGCUGCAGGACAUGGAGGAGGCUCUGCAGCAGUCCAAGGGGGAGGUGACCCAGCUGCUGCGUGACUACCAGGAACUACUGCAAGUGAAGCUGACUCUGGAUGUGGAGAUGGCCACCUACCGCUAGCUGUUGGAGGGCGAGGAGAGCAGGAUGUCAGGAGAGCUGCAGAGCCCAGUGUGCAUCUCGGUGCACACCAGUCACGUGACGGUCAGCGGCGGUGGUGGAGGCGGCAGUGGCGGUGGUUCUGGAGGUUCUGGUGGCGGCGGCAGCGGUGGUGGCAGCGGCAGCGGAGGGGGCAGUUUCGGCAAGGGCUCCCGAGGGGGCAGUGGAGGUGGUUACAGUAGCGGCGCGAGCUACGGAGGAAGCAGCAAAAGCAGUAAGAAGUACCAGGGCAGAAGAGGCGGCAGCUCCUCCCGCGUGCAGAUCAUCCAAACCUCCACCAACACCUCCCACAAAGACAUUGUGGAGUAG